CUCAGUUUCGUGAAGAAGAAGCCUGGAAGAGGAGGAGGAGUAAAGAAAGGGAAUCAGGAAUGGCUCUUACUCAGAGUUCUUUGACAUUCAGGGAUGUGGCCAUAGAAUUCUCUCAGGAGGAGUGGAAAUGCCUGGACUCUGCUCAGAGGACUUUAUACAGGGAUGUGAUGUUGGAGAACUACAGGAACCUAGUCUCCCUGGAUAUCACUCCUAAAUGUGUGAUCAACGAAUUACCACUGAGAGUGAACAGUAAUACAAGAGAACUAUUCCAAACACUUAUGUUGGAAAAACAAGAAAGCCAUGACAUUGAAGAUUUUUGCUUCAGAGAAAUCUGGAAAAAUACACAUAACUGUGAAUAUCAGUUAAGGAGAGAUGAUGAAAGACAUUACAAAGGAGUGUAUAUAACCCAUAAGGAAAAUCUCACUGGUGGAAGAUAUCAGCAUGGUAGAAGGGAUUCAGAAAAUGAGCCUAUUAAAAAUCAGCUUGGAUUAAGCUUUCAGUCACAUUUGCCUGAACUACAGCUAUUUCGAUCUAAAGGGAACAUUUAUGAAUGUAAUUACAUUGAGAAGUCAAUCAACAAUGGUUCUUUAGUUUCACCACCCCAAAGAAAUCCUUCUCAUGUCCAAACCCACAUUUCUCAUAAAAUUGAAAAUGAUUUUUUGGAUUCUUUUUUAUUCACACAAGAACAGACACCAUACAUGAGGACAAAACAUUACAAUUAUAAUGAGUGUGAAAAGACCUUUAAUCAAGGCUCACACCUCACACUACAUCAAAUAACCCAUACCAGAGAGAAACAGUUUAAAUGUGAUAUAUGUAACAAGGUCUUCGGUAAAAAGUCAAACCUUGCAAGUCAUCAGAGAAUUCAUACUGGAGAGAAACCUUACAAAUGUAAUGAAUGUGGCAAAGUGUUCAAUCAUAUUUCACACCUUGCACAACAUCAGAGAAUUCACACUGGAGAGAAACCUUACAAAUGUAAUGAAUGUGGCAAGGUGUUCAAUCAAAUUUCACACCUUGCACAACAUCGAAGAAUUCAUACUGGAGAGAAACCUUACAAAUGUAAUGAGUGUGGAAAGGUAUUCCAUCAAAUUUCACACCUUGGACAACAUCAGACUAUUCAUACUGGAGAGAAACCUUACAAAUGUAAUGAAUGUGGCAAGGUCUUUAGUCGUAAUUCAUACCUUGCACAACAUCUAAUAAUUCAUACUGGAGAGAAACCUUACAAAUGUAAUGAAUGUGGUAAGGUCUUCAAUCAUAUUUCACACCUUGCACAACAUCGGAGAAUUCAUACUGGAGAGAAACCUUACAAAUGUAAUGAAUGUGGCAAGGUCUUCAGUCACAAGUCAUCCCUAGCAAAUCAUUGGAGAAUUCAUACCGGAGAGAAACCUUACAAAUGUAAUGAAUGUGGCAAGGUAUUCAGUCGUAAUUCAUACCUUGCACAACAUCUGAUAAUUCAUACCGGAGAGAAACCUUACAAAUGUAGUGAGUGUGGCAAGCUGUUCAGUCAGCAUUCACAUCUUGCAAGUCAUCGGAGAAUUCAUACCGGAGAGAAACCUUACAAAUGUAAUGAAUGUGGCAAAGUCUUCAGUCAAAAUUCUUACCUUGCAUAUCAUCGGAGAAUUCAUACUGGGGAGAAACCUUAUAAAUGUAAUGAAUGUGGUAAGGUCUUCAGUCUAAACUCAUCUCUUGCACAUCAUCGGAGAAUACAUACUAGAGAGAAAUGUUACAAGUGUAAUGAGUGUGGCAAAGCCUUUAGUGUGCAUUCAAGCCUUAUUAACCAUCACGUAAUCCAUACUGGAGAUAAACCUUUUAAAUGUAAUGAACGUGGCAAGGUUUUUAGUGACAAUUCAUUUCUUGCAUGUCAUCAAAGGUUUCAUACUGGAGAGGAAGUUUACAAAUGUAAUUAAUGUGGCAAGGUCUUCAGUUAAAAUUUUUCAGAUAUUGGACUAUUCAUUCUGUAAAGAAACUUCAUAGGUUUAAUGAAAGUGGCAAAGCCUUUCGUUUUUGUUCAAGAAUUAAUAACCAUCAGUUAAUACAUAGUGGAGAGCAACCUCACCAAUAGAUUGGAUGUGUCAGGGCCUUAAGGCAAAAGUCUGACAGGAUUCUCCAAAGAAUUUAUGAUGGACGGAAACCUGACAAAUGUAAUGAGAAUGGCAAAUCUUUUAGUGUAUGUUCACUCCUCAUGACACAUCAGAUAAUCCACACGUGAAUUUAAUGAAUGUAGCAAGGUCUUAUGGCAUAAUUCACACCAGGCACAAUAUUGGAGAAUUCAUACUUGAGAGAAACCUUAUAAAAAGCAAUGAGGGUGGCAAACCCUUCAUAAUGAGUUUAAGCAUCAGUCAACAUCAGAGGAUCUAUACCAAAGAGAUAUGUAUAACUGUAAUUUAUGUGGCAGAGACUUGUUCCAGACCUCAAAACUCACUGAGCAUCAAAAAAUACAUCUUUGAUGAAAACAUACAAAGAUGAGGAGACCCUAGGCAUAAUAUGCAAAGUUUUUUUCAACUCACAUCACACUAAGUGGCAGCAGCAGACUCUGAACCUGUGUUGUCUAAUUGCAAGGAGAAGUCUUAACUGUUACAUUACAUGAAGCUAGUCGUUUGCUUUUCCAGUCUUCAACAUCUGUAUUUACUUUUGCUGAUGUUCACUGCCAUUUUAAGUGGUUUUAUCCUUUUCAAUAAUUGUGAUUGUGGGUACUUUUAUAGUUAUGUGUAUAAAUGUUAUGGAGUCAAAUUAUCUUUGAAUAAAAAUUAAAUGCAAAUAAAAUGAUUAUAUACUGGUUACCAUAUAAGUCCUAUAAGAAAGAUUAUCCCAGGAGCAUGUGAUGAAUAUAUUGGGUCAAGAAUGUGUUAAUAUGAUGGUAAAUGUAUUAGUCCAUUUCUGUUGCUUAUAACUGAAUGCCUGAAACUGGGUAAUUUAUAAAGAAAUUGAAUUUAUUUCUUACAGUUUGGAGGCUGGGAAGUUCAUGGUCCAGGGGCACAUCAGUAAGGGCCUUGUUCUUAUGACUCUACAGGGAUGUGGAGUGUCACAUGGCAAAUGGUUGAGAGAGCUAAGAGAGAGCUAACCUCCUCACUUGCUCUCCUUUUAAAGCUAUCAAAACCACACCUCUCACCAACCAUUAAUCCUUUCACAAGAGCAGUCCCUACAAUCCAAUCACCUCUUAAAAAGCCCCACCUUUCAAACACCAUGAUUGGAUUUCCCACCCUUUAACACUGUUACAGUGGGGAUUAAGUUUGUAACACAAGAACUUUGGGUGAAACAUUCAACCUAUAGCAGUGACAGAUAUAUAUUUGUUCCUAUGCCAGGAAAAGAGUAGAAUGAUAGAACCCAUGGAAAUCUUUGUACCAUAAUAUGGUGGAAUAAGCUACAAGUUUUGAAACAUAUAUGAAACAAAGCAGUGACAGAUUGAUCUUGAAUUUUUGAUUACAUAUGUAAUUGAUUAAUUAUGAAGGAGGAUGAACUGAAACUUUAUUAUAAUCAUUGAAAUAUACUCAAACAUAAGACAGAUAUUCAAAUGGUACCGAGAAGGCCCAGCAUCAUGUACAUUCAAUACAUUUUAAUAGUAGAUUUCUUGUGAACUUAGGUUUAUAUUAAAAUGUUUUUUUAAAUGAAAUAUAUCUCAAGAUACAUCUCAGCCUGCAAACUGCCAAGUCCCAGAUUUUUUUUUCUGAAACUCAGCAUCAUGUUAACUUUCCUUCAUGUAGUUGUUGCUUAACUUUUGGUGGGAUAAUUAUUUCCCCAUAAUCCAAAGACUAUAGAUUUCUUCUGUGUGAAUACAGUUACUGUGUCCAUUAAACUCAUUGUAGCUAUCACCUCUCAUACAUUCAGUCAUUCUACAGAAUUGUGUUAUUCAAUAAGUUAGAAGAGGUUUUUUACCAACACCUCUUAUCCUGAAAAGAAAUGUUUGUGAUAUAUGUAGGGUGGAUGUAUUUCAGAAGUACAAUUACAGAGUGACUUAAUAUCAGGUUAUAUUUCUAUUAGGAUAAAACAUAAACCAUAACCAUGAAUGAGGAUUACAUUAAAUUACAUUAAGAGGCAUCAGAGAUUGGUAUAAAGUUGAGGACCUACAGUCUCUCUCCACAAGCACAGAAAAUAUCCCAGGAAUUAUUCUUAUAACCCCAGGGACAUCUGGACCAGUUUCUACCAAAAAGAAUCCUAUUUCCAACAUCAGCACCUCUCCAGAUUCCUGACAUACUUUUUCCCUUGACAGCCUCUCAGAAUGAAAGAGGAAAUACUCACAUGCUCCUUCCUCUGGUAUGAUGGUGGACUCACUGAGAAAGUCCCAACAGCCAGUAUGUGUGAGAGGGAAAUAGCCAGGACCUGAGAUAAAGGUUUGUGAUUAUAUGACCUCAACUUCCACAGAACCAGAAUCAUCACUUCAACUGUAGCAACAAUGACAUAGUAUAGUGCAUGCUAUGAGAGUUGACAAUAUCUUAUAACAAUUUAUUCCAUUUUUCAAAUACUGGAAACAAUUACAAGUGUCUGAUAAGCAUUUUUUUAAAAAAACUGUUGGAGUUUUGGGAAGAGCCUUGUUUAUUUCCAUGAGCUCUGGAGAAAAACAGGUUCCUAUGCAGAGAGCAGGAAAUGGUGAUAUUUGAGUUAUGAGGGACUUGCAGCAAAGUGUGCAUCCCACUGGAUCUUCUGUUUCCCUGAGAGUUUACUUCUAUAAAGAAAUCAAAUUAUUUUCUAAGUCAGACCCCAGAUUUCAGAUCCCUUCUAUAUUAAGGGAGGAGAAAUAGGAUGACGUGAAGAGACUGAGAAUAAUUGUUUAAUGAGGUAAGACUGCAAGGAAAAACAUGAUGUCAAGAAUUGAUUUUGAAAAACAUUAGGUGGCCUAUUAUAAGUAAAUGUGUGAACAGGUAAAUAAAUGGGGAGAAGAGACAAAUCUCCCAUGUAGAAGAAUUUAGAGUAAUUUAUGUCGGUACUCCACUCUUAAGGAGGUGGGAAAUAACUCCCAACUCCUUAAGUGUAGACUGUGUAUAGUUAUUUCCUUUUAAAAGAGUACAGUAUUUAGUAGGGGAGAAAAGAUUAACUUUAGAGGGGAGAAACCUGACAAACACAACUUUAGCCAGAUGAUCAAGGUCAACAUCAACAGUGAUAAGUCAUGUUGAUAGUGUGAGCCCUUGACAUGAUAUGGUAAACACAGAACUUCUUCUCUAUGGUCUUUCACAGAGCAUCUAACUCCAGUCUAAUCAUGAGAAAAACAUCAGACGUGUCCCAAUAAAGUUGCUUUCACCAGUAACAGCAAAAACUGCUGCUGUAUCUGACCAGCACACCUCAAAACUAUCAAGUUAAUCCAAUACAAAGAAAGUCUGAAAACUGUCGAAGCCAAGAGGAACUUUAAUAGACAUGACUGCUAAUUGUAAUGUGGCAUCCAGGAUGAAAUCGAGGAAGAGAUAAAGAACAUUAGGUAUAAACUGAGGAAAUUUGAAUAAAGAAUGAAUAGGUUAAGAAUAAUGUAUCAAUAGUGGUCUGCUAAAUAUAAGAAAUGUACCACACUAUUCUAAAAUGUUAAUGAUAGAAACUGUCCAGGGCUUAUGAGAAUCUGUACUAUCUUUCCAAUGUUUUUUCUGUAAACCUAAAACUUCCAACAAUAAAGGUUAUUAAAAAAUUUUAAACACUAAA